AUGCCGAAGGCUCCCCGAGCCUGGGCCGGCAACCCGGCGGCCAGGAGGCAGCAACAGCAGCCUCCUUCGCCUCAGCAGCGGCAGCAACAACAGAAGCAGCUGCGGCCUGACCGUCGCCAGCGGCGGCAGGAGGUGCGGAUCUCGCAGCUGAUCCUCCAGGCGCUGUCGGCCCGCAAGCAGCGGGGCGCCCUGUCGCUCAACUCCCUCCGCAAGGCGCUGCUGGACAGCGGCUACGACGUGGAGCGCAACAAGAACCGGGUGCAGCUGGCCAUCCAGAACUUAGUCAGCAGCGGCUCGCUGGUACAGACCACGGCCACCGGCUCUCUCAAGCUCGGCGCCUGCCACAAGCAGGAGGCCGAACCACCUCCAGGGGCGGAGCCGCCGACAACCACGUCCCUAAUCCCAGCCAAAGAAGGGAGUGUUUCUGCCUGCGCCAGGGACGAAGCUCAGCCACCCAAUAAGAAACCCCGCAGGAGACGGGUCACGAGGAAGUCAAGGACGAAGAAGACUAGGAAAAUUUCGGUGUGUUCUGAUUUCUGUGAUAAGACGAAGCGGGAGAAUAACGCGUUGAGUGGAGGUGAGCCAGCUCUUUCUAGCCGCGGUGUGGUGGCUCUGAAAAGAGCCGUUUGUACAGGAGACAGAGGUGAGGGCGUCAGACCGCUCCAUCCUCUCCCCCGGAAAUAA